UUGGAAAACAUUUUUAAUCGAGGCGACGAAUAAUGCACGAAAAGGACACGCGUUACAACGCAGAUAAUAAUUUAUUUUUCAUAAAAAAAUGAAAAUUAUCAGUUCAAUUUGCGUAAUAAUUAUUUGUCCAUAACAAUGCUGCAAAAAUUAAAAAUAUUUUACAAUAAAUACACAACGUAAACACGUGAAAAACAAGUAGACAAAACAGUGAUGGAACAUAAUCACGAAAACGACGAAUAUAAAAGCAAGAACGCAAAAAAACGAAUAGAAAAAUAAGUGAAGAAAACGAAUAAAAAAAAUGUUUUAUUAUCGAGCAGCAGACAUAGCAGCCGCGUUUAUUAUCGCUUUUGCUGUAUCUUAAAUUAAUGGAAAACUAAUCUGUGCUCGGUCGAAGAUAGAAAGAUUAAAAGUUCAAAGGAUUUUUUAUUGUAUUUUACUAAAAAGUUUUAGUUAAGUGAUACAUAUAUACAUAAAUAAGCGAGUUUGGGGGGUUAAACCCUAACUAACUCUCCCUCUAGUGUAAAGUAGUUUUAAGAUAAGAACAAGUGCUUUUCGUUGGAAGCAUAGUAGUAGUUGAUUUUAAGAAGAAACGAGUAAUUGAAUUUAGUGAUAGUGAUCAUCACGGAGCAUUAGCUGUGUGUACAGUUAUUACUGCACGCGCGCGCGCUCUCAAUGAACAAACGCGAUAUGUCCGAGAACAAAAAUGGACAAGGAGCGCAGUGGUCGAAAGGUGCAGUAGCAGCGGUAACGGCAGCGGCAGCAGCAGCUGCUGCAGCCCAAAAACAACAACAUCAUCAUCAGCAGCAGCAACAACAUUUGCAACAUACACCUAUUUACAAUGCAACAGCGUUGAGUUUAACAUCUCCAGCUGCUGGCUCUGCAUCAGCCUUAUAUGGGGGUACUGGGCAUUUAGAUACACAUCAGGCGUCAUCUGACGUAGCAACAUAUGCAGCUGCCCGUUUUCAAGCACCGCCAAUUGAUCAUCGAUCUGCAUCCUCUUCGUCUUCCCAUAUUAUACCCCCCGCACCAACACCAACACCAUCUUCCACUACCAAUGUACCUGUACCUAGUGGUUUUAUACCGCCACCAUUUCCACAUGCUGCAGCAGCUGCUACAUCUGUAUUGACUCCCAAUCCGUAUGCAGUGGCCUCGCUCACCGCUUCAGGAGCGACACAUACAAGUGCAAAUCAUCCAAAUCCACAUUCACAUGCGCAUUCACAUCCGCCUCCGAAUCAACAAUUUUCGGGGCCUCAUCCCAUGCCUUCGUCUCAUCAUGCCCACUUUGGAAUGGAGCAGUUUCAACAUUUAAAUGUCCAGCAACAAUAUGAGCUUAGCAAAUUAAUGGCAGCUUCCUUUAAUACAACCCAACAGACAGUGGGCUCUAGUGGACCAACAAAUCUUUCAGCGAACACAACAUCAUUGUCAUCAUCUGCGUCAUUGGUGACAACAAAUGCAGCGCUAGGGGGGACGUCAGCUUCAACAGGUCGACAUCCACCGUCAACACUAACGUCUACCGAAGGUUCUACGUCCGGUGGUAUAAACACACAAAUUGCUGACCAAGUCAUUAGUGCAAUAAGCACUGGCACUACGGCCACAAAAUUGGCAACCACACCCAUACAUGGACGCCUCAUGGGCCUGGGGGUGCAUGCACCAGAUGAAGAGAAACUACGACGUAUACAACAAGUUGUAGAGUCCGGUAUAGGCGAUCAUGCCAAACAACAAAUAGUUCAAAUAUUGGAUCGUAUUUCGACUUUGAGACCAGUAGAAAAAUUAUUUCUUUAUUUACGUUUGCCUGGCGAACAACCAGAAACAGAUCCCCUGCGUCAGCCUCAAAACCCUUUGGGAACACGUUCAGAGAUUAAUCAUACUAUAAAUUGGGUUCGUACUCAUUUGGAACAAGAUCCUCAGGUGUCCAUACCAAAACAAGAUGUCUAUAAUGAUUAUUUAGUUUAUUGUGAACGAUUGGAUAUCAAACCAUUAUCUACCGCGGAUUUUGGUAAAGUAAUGAAACAAGUUUUUCCCGGCAUACGACCCAGGCGUUUAGGAACAAGAGGUCACUCUCGUUAUUGUUAUGCUGCUAUGCGAAAAACAAGUAAAUUACCAGCUCCCCACCUACCCACAUUGGCAACAGUGAAGACAACAAAAAGUGGCGAAAAAGAUGGCAGCAUAGAUUUAUCUACGAAUAUUAUUGAUAGCACUGAAGAACAAGAAGAAUCAUGGGGUGUUGUAAAGCAAUGGGCCGAGACGAUGCUGCAUGUUAAAAUAGACAAUAUCAGUGAUUUGGCAACGCAUAUUAAAACAAAUGGACCCUUACCGUUGACAGGUGGAACGCAUACACCGUAUACUGGAGCCGGCCGUGGGAGUAGUAGUGGUGUGACGCACAAAAAACAUACGCAAAGAGAACCCAAAGAAAAAAGGGUCAUGGCGGAUAUGGGACCUUUAAAGAAACGGCGUAAAAAGAAACGAAAGGGCUCAUCUUCAUCGGAGUCCAGUUGCCAUCAAAAUAUAAUGAAUACCGGCGAUCAACAGCAACAAAUGCAACCACAAUUAUCUCCAGCUAACAGCUCGAAAAGUGGUAGUCAUCAUGCUGUUCUUUCUCCUGCAAUGGAAGAUGGGCAAAAAGUGAAAAUCAAACAAGAAUUAAUCGAUUCUCCCGGUUAUCCACCAUCCGUAGGUAGUUUGUCCACACACUCACAGUCCACAGAUUCGGCUAAUAUAAGCCAAUAUCAGACAACAACAGCAACAAAUACCCUGCAAAUGACGCAACAUCAGGUGAUGCCCAUGAAUUUGGCUGCCGAGACAAGAGGUGGAAUAUCAAAUGUUUUAGCUAGAGCUCCACCAAUGACCGCAUCCCUAUCGGCAAGUGCUUUUGAACAUGUACGUCCAACAGGAGUGACAACACCCACAACAACAGUAGCAGCCGCUGUAAAGAAUUUAACACCAAAAAUCAUGGAACUGUCUACAGAGAAUCAAGCGAUUUCUUCGCCACCACCACAAACUGUUAUUAAGCAAGAGAUUGGUGCCGAAGAUUACAACACUUCGAAUAUUUUCUGCAAAAAAGUUCGUAAAGCACAACAAACUAAAGGUUUUUGGGCAAAUUCCCCCACAUCAAAUCGAAGCGGAACUGUGGCAACAACCACAAAUUAUCCCAUUAUAACAACAACUGCUUCGACGCCUCCGCCUGCGUCGGCUAGUGUUAUAGCAGCUCCACCAAAUAGUACAGAUUCCGUUGUGGUUUACAACAUGGGACCACCCACACAAAUGGCUCCGUCCACGAGCCCAAAUAGUCAAACACUGAACGAUGAUGUUACAACGCUGGGACAGCCAAAGGUACUUUCACGUAAUCUGCAACAGUUGAAGGCAAAGAAAAUAUUGGCUGCUGCAGCGGCAGCUGGUUGUGAUCCUCCUGAUUUGAAUGCAGCCAAAGAUGCGGCUGAUUUGCCGGCAAAUUUGGGUUUGCCGCGAGAGCGAGUUAUCAGCAUUUGUAACAUGGAUAAGCAUGAGCUAGAUGAUUACUUUUUGCCCGUAGAGGAGGAAAAUUCGGAAGAUCAAGAAACUGAGUUGCUUCAAUAUUUUCAGAUGGGAGACGCUGAGGAAAAAUUAACCAAAAAUUCUUCCUCUGAUGCUAAACGGAACAGUAAUUCAACAGUAAAUCAAUUGACGUCAGCCUCAACAUCCAUACCUAAAUUGACAACAACAACAUCAACAACUAUAGGAUCAUUGGUACUGACCUCAAAUUCGUCAAUGACAACAUCAAAGACAUCUACUGGUAUAAUGAUGAUGAGCACAUAUAAAUCUAGUAACAAUACACCGUCAAUAAACGAUAUAACAAUAGCAAAUAGUCAAUUACAAAAUGGUAAAACAUUUUCAAAUUCAAAUUCAACAACAACAAAUUCUACUCUAAUUAAAUUGCCCUUAAUAACAUCAUGUUUACCAGCCACUAUAUCAUCGUCAUCAUCAUGUUCAAAUACUGUUGGUACUGCCUCAGCGUCUCUAGCACAAUUAACACAAAAGCAUCAACAACAAAUGCAACAACAACAACUUCAGCAACAAUCUAUAAAUCAACACCAACAACAAACUCAACCUCAAGCAUAUUCAAAGGUUUCUAUUAAACGUAAAAUAAAUUUAAAUACAAUAUCUACUACAUCGGACAUAACAGCAGCAAGAAAAAAUUACAGUUUUCUACCGAUAUCACCCAAUAUCAAUACGACCACCUCAUCUUGCAACAACAACAACAACACUUCAUUGUCUCUCAAUAACAGCAACAAUAAUAACAAUAUUAAUACCUCAAAUACAGGAUUUUUUGCCAGCCCUGGCUUAUCGCGUUUACUGACCAAACAACAGUCUUUAGAUUGUGACACCUCCUCAGAUCCCAUGAUUGGGGCAACGCGACGUCAGCGGUCGUAUAAUUCGAUGAUGACGUCCGCAUCUGCGCCACCAAGUCCCUCGGUGUUGAAACAACAACAUGAACAGCAAUUGUUUGGUCACAUGUCACACAAUAUCUUAAUGGACCAGUGGACUCAUUCCACAGGCCCCUUUAAUAACCCCUCAACAUCGGUAAAUGUUGCCAACUCGUUAAUGGUUGAUCAAAAUUCUUUGGAUUUAGAUUUAUUUGGAGAAGCGGCUGCAGCAGCAGCUUCAACAGCUACCAACACCACAUUUGGUAGUCGAAAUAAUUUCAAUAUGAACAUAAACAACAACUCUGUGGGAAUAAUGGGUAACAACAGCACUGACAAUUCGACUGGGCAAAUGAACGAUGUCACACAGCGAUCUCAGUCUGUGCCAUUGUCACAACUGCAACGUUCUCAUUCGCCCACAUUUAAUCGCAGUUUUCAUUGUGGUACAAAUAAUCCUGCGGCCAUAUCGGCCUGCAAUUCAUUGGCUCAAACACCAGUGCCCUCCGAAUUUAUUGAUUCGGUUACAAUGCUCUCGGAAAACAGUUGUAGCCAACAGAGUGCCACCAUAAAACUCGAAGAAGUGGCACAUGUUGUGGCUUCCGAUUCAACGGCCAUAUUAGAUGAGGUGGAUGUGAGUGAAAUUUUGUCGUCUCCCGAUUUUGUAGCGAAAUUUUCCAGUCUGAACCAGACGGGCACAACAAAAACAACCUGUUCUUCGGCAGGCUCGUCAUCGGGCUAUAGUAGUGCUGGCCAUUUCUCUCUAUCGUCGGGUAGCUACAGUGUGGGAGGAGGCGGUAAUGCUUGUGGCAGUGGGGCAAUGUCUUCAUCAAUAUCACGCUCCGUACCUUCGACACCUUUGCCACAUCAAAAUCCCCAAAGUCUUUUUGGCAACGGCAACAACUUCUACAGAAGACGAUUCGUUAAUAAUUGUCAAUCAUUGAAUGGUGGCGGUGCAGGCGGUGUUUUGGAUAACCUUAAUUCAUUUUCUCACAACUUUUCGUCUACUAGCAAAUACGGUUAUGGCAACAUCUCAUCGUCGUUAUCCCGUUCAGCGUGCGAUAUCUCCAAGUCAAUGCCUUCUACACCCAUAACAACUACACCCAGCAGUUUUCGUUAUAGUCCGUCGGAAUUUACACGCGAUUUCCUUAUCAACGGCAACACCAUAGAUGAUAGUAUUACAUCAUCGUUUGGUGCGGUCGGCAGUGAUAAUCUUAUGGGGUCUGAUGUGGUGGGUGUGGAUGCACCUUUAAGUUCAGAAUCGUUACUCAACGAAGAAGAUACUCUGAUAAACGGUUCGACGUCCAUAGGUCAAGUUGAUGACGUCGUAUUAACGCCUGAUUUUGCGGUACAAUCUGAUACAUCGGCCCCUGGUUUGGGCGGAGUUGUAGGUGAGUCAUCUGUUGUUAUUGGCGUGGGUUCGGAUUUAUUAGAUAAUUUGUAGAAUUUGUCUGAAGAGCAAGUUAAAAGAAAACGAUUAAAGCAUAAACAAAAGUCCCAUGAUUCUAUAUUAGAAGAACCUACGCAACUCUGCAGCAUACCAAAUGAAAACGAACCAGACCAUGAAGAGGUUAAUAAUUGUGCUGUUGGUCUUUUGUUGGCCGAAGUGGGUAAAUUAUAAAUUAACAAAAACAAACUUUAACUUGCUCUUCAGUACAAAUACUAGUAAUUAGAGUAAAACUAAUCUAAUAUAUAAUUGAAGUUGUUACAUUAUUGUUUAAUACUAUUUUUUAACUUUUUCUAGUUUUUAGUUUUUGUUUCCCCUUUUCUACCUAUAAGUAUACUAUACAAAAUUUUACUAUUCUAUUCUACUAUAUUCUAUUCUAUUGUUUGUUUUAUAUUCGCUUUAACAAUUUGAAAAAAAUAAAAUUAAAUAAAUCAAGUCCAGUGAAGACUAUAAAAUAUGCUUUUAAAAGCAUAAAUAAGAAGAAUUAUAACAAAACGUCUGAGACGUUUUCCAUUUUUGUAAAAUUUCUUUUUAAUAUAUAUUUUUUUUAAUUCUGUUUGAUUUAUAUUUAGAAUUAUUAUGUAUGUUUUUAUUAUUUUUAUUAAACUUGGCUUUAUUAUUUUAUAUAGUUUUGAUUUUGUGUAUUUUGUUUUGGAUUAAAAUGUUUAUGUUUAUUAUAUUUUGCUUUAUUAAUAAAUUAAUAAAAAUUAAUGGUAAAUAUAAAUUACUGAUGUUUACAAAGUACAUAGGUACAUAUUUCUGCAGAAAAAUAAAAAUUGCACUGAAUAAAAUCA